AUGUCCCACAAUCCCGCCUUCCGCACACCCGUCGGACCAGCCUCAUCAAACUCAAAAUGCGCAGCACCAUCAUCAACACUGUUGGACGGCUCGAGUGAUGCAUGGCUGAGCGUGACAACCGGCACAAAAGUCGGCCAUGCGACAACAACAGGCCCCUCCUUCCCGAUCCCCUCGUACGCCUUUUCAAAACAUGCCGCAGUACGCCUGCUCAUCGUAGCAUCCUGUACCACGACAAUGGACCGCGGAGACGUGAAUCCCCUUGCACCAAGAAGUGCUUUGGUCUCGAGCUCAUUUGCGCCGCAGUUGGUUGACUUGUCCUCGACUAUGAUCGUCGGUGCAAAGGCCUCCUGCGGCACGGCCAAGUCACCAUCGUCAGGCGUCUUCACCAACAGUCCGGACCAGCGCUCGGCAAUCAUCUGUAGGACACGCGCUUCGGGUGGCCGGCUGUCAAGUUCGUCGGCCAAACGCGAUAGCGAGGAUGUCGGCGUACAGCAGCGUACAUGA